AUGCAAAAGAAUGAUGCUGAAUUUUCGUCUGAUGAUUACGAUUCUCGUCUUGAUCAAAUGCAUACUUCAAAUAUUUAUGAUGACAAACUUCUACAAAUUACAUUUACCGAUCAACAAUGGUUUCAAUUGUAUUUUCAUGAUCAAAUAGCAAUGUAUUUAGCUGAAAUUAAGAUUCAACUUUCAACUGAUUUUGUUAUUGAUUUAUUAACAAGUAAUCCAACGCAAACAAUUAAACAAUAUAAACGAUUACUUCUUGUUGAACUAACAGAAAUUCUUCGUCUAUUUGAAAUUAGUUUACAAUUCGUUAGCGAAGAGAAAAUUCGAAAUAUAAUCAAAGAACAAUGGACUGAAAUUUCAUCUGGUACAAUACGAUCGUUCGAAUUCUAUACACUUGUCUUGGUCAAUAAUGAACAAUUAUAUCAAUUACCACCAAAAACUAAAACUCUUGAAGAACAAUGGAUAUUCGAUUGUCAAGUUGAUUCUAUGAUUGAAACAAGUCUAAUGAAUUUAAUUGAAAUUAUUCUUUCACUGUCUGUUAUUCAACAAGUAACAACAACUUAUAGUUUGAUUGCACAAGGCAUUCGUGAUCUAGUUUCAUAUGAUGUUAAGAAUCUGAAAAAACUUCGUUCAUUUCUUAGUUUCAUUCGUUGUCUCACUACUCUACUUCCUCACAACACUCUUAAUGUUCUCAAAGAUGUUUGUAUGAGUGGUUUUAAUACAAAAUUUCAUUCAUGUUCAAGUAUUCAUUAUUUUAUUACUCAAUUACAAGGUCGUAUUAAAUCAGAACAAUCAACUGCUGAUGAAAAUGUUAUACAUCGAGCAUUAGUUAAACUUGAAUUUUUACAAUUAUUGAUAAAAAACUUGAUUUAA